AUGGCUAAGACACGUAUAAAGACAACACCUACCCGAAUGCAAAAGGAGGCUCAAACUGCAUCCGCUGCAGUCAAUUCCUCCAGUAAUCGAAUUGCCACAGAAUCACUUCUAAAGAAACGAAUUUGUGCCCUAAAUAAUGCUAUGCUAAAAUCAAAGGAUGCAAUACCCAUACAACAAACGUCAAUAAUUGUACAGCCACCGAAACGUACAAACUCCAUAUCAUCUGCCACAUCGACCAUUUCCCAUACCAGUGAUGGCCACUGCAGUAGUAUUGAAUCGCCGCCGCCACAACCACCAUCGUCGAGUAGUUCCACUACAACACCGCCCACCACCAAUUCCAAUGGACCAACUAUGGAUGAACUGACUGAGAAUGCCAUAAAAACCUUAAAUGCCGGCUUGUUGGCCAAAACCAAUGCAUUGGCCUUAAAAAAUCGUAAAGUCUAUAUGAUUACGGAAAAGUGUGAUGACAGUGGCGGGGGUGGAGAUGGCGCAAGUGCGUUUGGAGGUGUUAACUGUGUCAGUGGAAAUGGUACAGCCGGAAAUUGUGGUACCGGAGCUGGCAAAGGUUUGGGACAAAAGCGUAAAAUGUACUUAAUAAUGGAGGAAAAACAGACCGAUGAUGUGAAUGGCAACGGCCUGAAUGAUAAAUUUAUGAAAUCGGAAAAUGGUGGCGGAACAAAGAAGUUAACUCUUUUCGCCGAUGCCAGCAAUGGUCAGCUGCCACAAAAAAUUGAGAAAAUUUUACCGGAAAUCCUAAGUUGUAUACAAGCUAAAGGCUGCACUGCACCAGCAAAUGGCAAUGGCCCGGCUAUCACUGUGGCAAGUAGUAAUGGAGUAUUAACCAGCACUGUAAAUCAGGAUGCAAAAAAUGAAAAGCCCACCGUAAUCAAUGAUAAUUUAAAUACCAACAACAACAAUAUCCGCUUGAAAACUCAAGUGGAUAAUAAUGAAAGACUGCCUUUAACACUGCCGCCAAAAAAGAAUCGUACCAAAAUUAUAACCACACAAAUUAUACCAGUCAACACCAGUAACAACAUCAACAAUUCCCAUCCCAUACCAUCCACCCUAAAUACCAGUAAUAACAGCGAACAAUUAAUAGUUCUAAAAGAACCACAUCAUAGCUUAGUGUCCACUAGCGUGCCUUGUGGAAAUUCAAAAAUUUGCUAUACACGCAGCGAUAAUUCAAGUGCCACUCCGGUCAUUGUAAAUGCCAAUUCAUUGAUAAACAAUGGAAUAGCAACUGUCGUCACUAAUGGUGUUGCCAAAGAAAAUGGCAAUAAAUUUAGUGCAACAGCUGCAACAACAACAACAACAGUCACUUGCCCAAAUCCUUCGCAACUACACAAAAAUAUAAAUCUUUCCACCGAUUUUCUUUUCCUAAUGAAAAUGUUACCCAGACUGGAGAGUAUUGCGGAGCCGCAUAAAUCCUAUGUUAAAGCUUGCAUAGAGGAUAUGAUUAAUCAGUAUGCUCCGCCAGGAUUGGGAGAUUAA